ACUUCGCGCCAAAUUCGGAGCCGCCUUCUGGGGGUCAUGCAAAUGAUGACCCGGGACACUUUACUAGAAAUGGAGGAAGAUGACGAAGACGAUGAUAGGGAUAUUGCAUUGAAUAACCUUGGGCAGAUUAUUGUCACUGAAUUUGGAGCGGUGGAACUUCAGCAUGAGCUUCGAACACCAGAGUUUGAAGAAUAUAAUGAUAAACCUGACUCCCUCUUUUUUAAUGAUGGCCAGCGAAGAAUUGACUUUGUUCUCGUGUAUGAAGAUGAAAGUAAAAAAGAGACCAGUAAGAAGGGUUCAAAUGAGAAACAAAAGAGAAAAAGACAAGCAUAUGAGUCUAAUCUCAUUUGUGAUGGCCUGCAACUAGAAGCAACAAGAUCAGUUUUGGAUGACAAGCUUGUAUUUGUAAAAGUACAUGCACCUUGGGAGGUGUUAUGUACAUAUGCUGAGUUAAUGCACAUCAAACUGCCUCUGAAACCCAAUGAUCUGAAAAGUCAGUUCUCAGCCUUUGAUGGUUUAAACUGGUUUACCAAAGUCCUCAAAGUGGAUGAAACUCUCAUCAAGCCCGAACAAGAGUUUUUCACUGCCCCGUUUGAGAAGGACCGGAUGAGUGACUUUUACAUUCUUGAUAAAGAUACCUUCUUCAAUCCAGCCACGAGAAGCCGCAUUGUUUAUUUCAUCCUCUCUCGGGUCAAAUAUCAAGAAGACGUCAAUGUUAACAAGUUUGGGAUUAACAAACUUGUAAACUCUGGCAUCUACAAAGCAGCUUUCCCUCUCCAUGAUUGCCAAUUUGGCCACCAGUCAGAGGAUCCAAGCUGCCCUAGUGAACGUUACCUUCUGUACAGGGAAUGGGCUCAUCCUCGAAGCAUCUACAAAAAGCAGCCUUUAGACCUUAUCAGGAAAUAUUAUGGAGAGAAGAUUGGAAUCUAUUUUGCUUGGCUGGGUUAUUACACUCAGAUGCUCCUCCUGGCAGCCAUCGUCGGAGUAGCUUGCUUUCUCUUUGGAUAUUUUAAUCAAGAUAACUGUACAUGGAGCAAAGAAGUAUGUAAUCCUGAUAUAGGCGGCAAGAUCAUAAUGUGUCCUCAGUGUGAUAGGCUUUGUCCAUUUUGGAAACUCAACAUUACUUGUGAAUCCUCAAAGAAAUUAUGUAUCUUUGACAGUUUUGGGACCCUCGUUUUUGCAGUAUUUAUGGGAGUAUGGGUUACCUUGUUUUUGGAGUUUUGGAAACGGCGCCAAGCAGAACUUGAAUACGAAUGGGACACUGUUGAGUUACAGCAGGAAGAACAAGCCCGACCAGAAUAUGAAGCAAAGUGUACUCACGUGGUGAUAAAUGAGAUUACCCAGGAAGAAGAGCGUGUUCCCUUUACCACCUGGGGAAAAUGCAUACGUAUAGCCCUAUGUGCAAGUGCUGUCUUUUUCUGGAUCCUGUUGAUCAUUGCUUCAGUUAUUGGGAUCAUUGUCUACAGGCUCUCGGUGUUCAUUGUGUUUUCUGCAAAAAUUCCCAAGCACUUUAAUGGAACAGACCCAAUCCAGAAGUAUUUGACUCCACAGACAGCCACGUCCAUCACUGCUUCCAUCAUCAGCUUUAUCAUUAUCAUGAUUCUGAACACCAUAUAUGAGAAAGUGGCAAUAAUGAUUACUAACUUUGAACUCCCAAGGACCCAGACGGAUUAUGAAAACAGCCUCACAAUGAAGAUGUUCUUGUUCCAGUUUGUCAACUACUACUCUUCAUGUUUCUACAUAGCAUUCUUUAAGGGCAAAUUUGUGGGUUAUCCAGGAGACCCAGUAUAUUGGCUGGGAAAAUACAGAAAUGAAGAGUGUGAUCCAGGCGGCUGUCUCCUUGAACUGACAACUCAGCUGACAAUAAUAAUGGGAGGGAAAGCAAUCUGGAAUAAUAUACAAGAAGUAUUACUUCCCUGGAUCAUGAAUCUAAUCGGACGGUAUCACAGAGUUUCAGGAUCAGAAAAGAUAACCCCAAGAUGGGAACAGGACUACCAUUUGCAGCCCAUAGGCAAACUGGGAUUAUUUUAUGAAUAUCUUGAAAUGAUUAUUCAGUUUGGGUUCGUCACCUUAUUUGUGGCCUCUUUUCCACUGGCACCUCUGUUGGCUCUGGUGAACAAUAUAUUGGAAAUAAGAGUGGACGCAUGGAAACUGACUACCCAGUAUAGACGUAUGGUACCAGAAAAGGCCCAGGACAUCGGCGCGUGGCAGCCCAUCAUGCAAGGAAUAGCAAUUCUGGCUGUGGUAACCAAUGCCAUGAUCAUCGCUUUCACGUCAGAUAUGAUCCCCCGCCUGGUGUAUUACUGGUCAUUUUCCAUCCCUCCUUAUGGGGAGCACACCCACUACACCAUGGAUGGAUACAUCAACAAUACGCUCUCCAUCUUCAACAUCAUGGACUUCAAAAACAAAAGUCGGGCAAAUCCAUACGUCGGACUUGGCAACCAUACCACAUGCAGGUAUCGUGAUUUUCGGUAUCCUCCCGGACACCCAAGUGAAUAUAAACACAACAUCUACUACUGGCACGUGAUCGCAGCUAAGCUGGCUUUUAUCAUUGUCAUGGAGCAUGUCAUCUACUCUGUGAAAUUUUUCAUUUCAUAUGCAAUUCCAGAUGUAUCGAAAAGAACGAAGAGCAAAAUAAAGAGAGAAAAAUACCUAACCCAAAAGCUUCUUCAUGAGAAUCACCUCAAAGACGUGAAAAAGAAUAUGGGGGGAAUAGCUGAGAAGAUGAUAGAAGCAGUAGAUAACAAUUUACGACAAAAAUCAGAAUAAGAGCUUUAUGGUCUGAGAAGCACUUUAAGGAAUUUAGCUUUGUGAAAAUACAUUAUGAAUCACUAAUGAGAAUGUUUAAGUUCAAUCACUUUGCAAAUAUGAGUCUUAACUAUGGCUGUUUCCAUGUAGAUUAUUUUUCAGUUUCAGCUACCGAUGCAGGAACUAGAAAAUGUACAACUUGGAUCAAGAAGAGCAUAAAACCAAUCACCUGGAAAAGCUAAAAUGUUACUUUUUGGUAAAAAUUGGAAUUUUAGCAACACAGAAAAGUCAGUGAGCUUAAAGCCAUCCCUUCAAAGCAGAUGGAUUCUUAUUUCUC